AUGGCUUCCCGCCGGCUCGCACUCAACCUGCGGCAAUCGAUGCGCUCCCGCGCCGCCAUCAAUGCCGUAAAGACAUCGAGAGCCUCGCCCUUGACCCGCGGCCUGGCCACGCCCGUCUCCUACGGCGCAAAGACUGAGUCGACGACACUUGGCAAUGGCUUCACGAUUGCUACCGAACACUCUCCAUGGGCCCAGACAUCGACCGUUGGUGUGUGGAUUGAUGCUGGUAGCCGCGCCGAGACAGACGAGACCAACGGAACUGCACACUUCCUCGAGCACCUUGCUUUCAAGGGUACCCAGAAGCGCACACAGCAGCAAUUGGAACUCGAGAUAGAAAACAUGGGCGGCCAUCUCAACGCCUACACUUCGCGCGAAAACACCGUCUACUACGCCAAGGCCUUCAACAAUGACGUCCCGGCUGCCGUCGACAUUCUCUCCGAUAUCCUCCAAAACUCCAAGCUCGAGGCCCAGGCUAUUGAGCGCGAGCGUGAUGUCAUUCUCCGCGAGCAGGAAGAAGUCGACAAGCAGCUUGAAGAGGUUGUUUUCGAUCACCUACACGCCACUGCUUUCCAGGGCCAGCCCCUCGGCCGCACCAUUCUCGGACCCAAGGAGAACAUUCAGAGCAUCCAGCGCGCCGACCUCGAAAACUACAUCAAGACCAACUACACUGCCGACCGCAUGGUUCUCGUUGGUGCUGGUGGCAUUCCUCACGAGCAAUUGGUCGAGCUUGCCGAAAAGUACUUUGCCAACCUACCCGCCGAGCCCCAGGACUACUCUGCCAAGUCUCUCGCGGCUGAGCAGAAGCAGAAGCCCGACUUUAUUGGAUCAGAAGUCCGCCUCCGUGACGACACCAUGGGUACCGCCAACAUUGCCAUUGCUGUCGAGGGUGUGAGCUGGAGCGACCCCGACUACUUCACUGCUCUCGUCACACAAGCUAUUGUCGGUAACUGGGACCGUGCCAUGGGCACCUCAGACUACCUUGGCAGCAAGCUCAGCAACUUUGUCUCGCAGAAUGCUCUGGCCAACAGCUUCAUGAGCUUCUCCACCAGCUACUCGGACACUGGUCUCUGGGGCAUCUACCUAACCAGCUCCAACCUCACCCAACUCGACGACCUCGUCCACUUCACCCUUCGCGAAUGGACCCGCCUCUCGAUGAACGUGACGUCCGCCGAAGUGGAGCGCGCCAAAGCCCAACUCAAAGCCUCGCUCCUCCUCGCCCUCGACGGCACCACGGCCGUCGCAGAGGACAUUGGUCGCCAAAUCGUCACCACCGGUCGCCGGUUAGCACCAGAGGAGAUUGAGCGCGUCGUUGGUCGCAUCUCGGAGAAGGAUGUGAUGCAAUUUGCUCGCAACAGGCUUUGGGAUAAGGAUGUGGCGGUCUCGGCCGUCGAAAUGCAAGCGAGGCAGUGA